AGCUGCAGUCGUGUUCCUGACCCCAGACUGUAAUUCUGAGUCGAGGCGUGCGGAGGGCUCCUGGACCUGGUCACACCCUCAACACAUUCUCCCCUCCUCCCCCGCUCACUGGGGUUUAUUUUUUAGGGGUGGGGCUGCCCCCCGAGGCUAUAAAAACACUGGUGAGAGAAAAAACAAGGUUUUUUCUCUUUGGGGAGGCUGCCUGCAGCACAGCCGAGAAGCAAGUGAGGAGAGCUCGGGGCCCACCCCCAGGCCAGCCGGACCAACACCAGGAGAGGCUGCCUCUCUCUGGCCAGACCGCGUUCUGCAUCCCAGCUGGCGCCCACCCUCCUGUGGGAGCUGCCUUGGCCAUGGCUUUCGUCUGGCUGGCGGUGUUCCUGGUGGCGUUCCUGGUGCCCGUCUCCGGCCUGCUGCCACCGGACCACGACUCUUACCCUAUGGACAUUUCCGAUCCAGACCCACCGAUUAAGAACCUAAGGAUGGAGCCAGAAAGAAAAAGAUUGACCUGGGACCUCCAUGGAAACGUUUCCGAAAUUAUGUGUUUCAUCAAUUCAAAAGCUUUCACUAAGGCACGGAAAAGCACGUAUUGCAGUAUUGCUGACUUGUCAUGCCAACCGACAAACUACAGCAUCAGGGUGACCAAAGGUCAGCCGUUCUCCACGUGGAUUCAGUAUCCUAGUCAAGAAGGGAAUCCCAGGGCGGCUGCAGAAAACCUGACCUGCUGGGUUCACGACGUGGAUUUCCUGACGUGCAGCUGGGCGGUGGGCCGGGAGGCCCCGAGGGACGUGCAGUACGGUCUCUACCUGGAGAACCUAGACUCCUAUGAGAAGUGGCCGUGCUCCCAGUACACAGCAGAUGAGCAAGGGACAAACGUCCAGUGCCGUUUUCACAACAUCUCUGUGUUAUCCAAGGAUCAAACCCGUUUCCUGGUGAAUGGCACCAGCAGUGGCUCCAAAAUCCCCUGCUCUGAAACGAGCGAUAAAUUAGCCAAAAUCGAGGUAUUAGCUGCUCCCAACAUCACUAGCAGGUGGUGUAACCAAAGCUACUCGUUCAUGCAAUGGCAAGUGAGGAGUCACCUUAACGAUGACCUCAAGUAUGAACUUCAGAUGCAGAAGGGUAUGGAGCUCGCCUACAAACAGGAGAUCUAUAAAGCCUUCUUGGAGCUGAGCAAUCCUGGGACCUACACGGUGCGAGUAAGAGCCAGGGAUGCCACGUUUUCCCAUUACAAACCUUGGGGCCCGUGGAGUGUCCCCCAACACUUCGUGUGUGAGGACGAGGAGGGCGCGCGCCUCCCCGUCUGGCUGACGUCUUUGCUGAUCGCGCUGGGGACGCUGCUCGCUAUGGGGUUCGUGCUCCUGUUUUGCAGGUUCUCGGUGAUGCAGAAGCUGUUCCCUCCCAUCCCUCACAUGAAAGACCAUAUCAACUGCAAACUUCAGAACGGAAGGACGAUGACCUGGGACCCUGACCAAGACAGCCAGGAGGAGUGUCCAGUGGCCGAGGUGCAGGUUCUGGGGGAAACAUGAAGCUGGUGCAGAGGCCCCGCUUUCCGCCAGGCGGAGGGCGCACAGCCUGGUCAUGGCUGGUCAUGGACGUUUCAAGCAGGGUCAGGGAUGGGAAAGCCCAGUGCAAUUGACACGGGGUCGCCUCGAGGAAGAAAGAACAAAACAUGUGUUGGGCUCA